AUGUCGUCUUCCUCGGGCGCAGCAGCGCCAGUCUUUUCAUAUGCACAGGCUGCAAAGGGCCUCACAUCAUCAGCUUCAACACAGUCGACCUCGAGGAAUGAAAGCCCUGCGGCGUCUGACAAGAGUGUCAAAGAUCGGUCUUUGAGUGAAACGACGAACACAACAGCCAUGCUGAAGACACUCAGACCAAGAUCUGAAUCUGACGACAAAUCAAGUGGGGAUGGCGCUGCGUCCAAGCCUCCAAUACAUACAGAGGGUGCUGCGACAAAGUCGCCUCAAGAGGAUGCGGACAAAGAAGCCACCACGCAGAGUCAGCAUGUCGCGACACUCAAUAACGCCGAGAACUCAUCAGGAUCACAUGUCGGAACUCCCGAUCUUGCGCCAGCCCCAGAUCAACAGAAGGUCGACGCAGUACCACAACUUCCCAAUGGCAGAUCAUUGUCUUCGGAAGAGCUGCCGGGCUCCACCGCAAGCGACAAGUCGUCUCAGUCAGUCACUGAGAAGAAAUCCAAGGAUGGCGAAGAUGACUGGGAGAAGGUCUCGGUCCCUUCGAUGAGUGCCGAGACACAAUACAAAGCUGCCCCUAUCCCGUCUGUCAAUAUUUGGCAAGUACGCAGAGAAGCUCAGGCGGCAAAGAUGAAGGGGCUGGAACAGCAGCGCAGCGUGGUGUCCAGCACCCCUAGCCAGCCACCAAAGGCCAAGUCUGGGAGUGAAGACCCUAAACGCAAAUCUCUGAGCAAAGAAAUUGGCAGUUCCGAGAAAGAAGGCAAGAUCGUGGACGGUGCCAGACCUGUCAAUCGGAAAGAUAUGUCGUCAGCUCGGUCCUCCCGACCGACGUCUCAACAUGGUGAGAAAGGGAGUGUGGAUGCACCACCGCCGGUAGACGAUGCACAGUCAUGGCCAACCCCUGAAAAUUCGACCGUUGACGAACGGCGCAAAUCAGCUUCCCUCGAAAAGACGGAUAAGGUGGACGGAAAGUCUGGCUCUCAGAAAACCCACAGUAACAAGUGGGUGGCAGUGCCAUUCGUUCCUACAGCAAAGUUCGAAACACAGCUUCCACCUGCUGCGGCGCGACGAGGCGGCAGAGUUGGGAGAGGACGAGAUACCGGCGGCCGUGGGGGCGGCCAUAUGGGUUCCGCUGCAGAAAAGCAAGAUGGAACGACGUCAAUGGGACCACCUCCUGUACCAAGGCAAUCUGGAGAACAGGACCGGGGCCGUAGAUCCGAAGGUGAACGUGGCACACGCGGUGCGUCCGUCCCUACUACCGGCACCCGACCUACGAGCGGUGAGGACUCAACUCCCGCAUUCUGGAAGCCUUCUGCACCCUACGUCAGGGAUCAAUCAGCAUCCGAAAACGUCCCAACCAACCCGACGGCACCGCAGCAUAAUGUUGAAGAGCAGGCUCUAAGAACAGGACACAGCUCUAGGUCUUCCUCAAGACAUACGGGCAACAUCGGUGGUCGCAUGACCAACGGAGAUGGGAAUACCUCGACCGAACAAGCGACUAACAGCCACGGCCAGACCAACGAACCUGUUACUCGCUAUCCAUUCGCUCAUGACCGCUACAAAGCUUCCACAACAGGCCCAGCCCGAGGCGCCGGCGAAUUUGGCAGAGACCGCGGUUCUGGCAGGAACCGAGAAUGGUCCAAGGACAAGCCUGACUCGGCUCGCGAGAAGGUUGAAUCCUGGCGUGACCGGGAAUCGUCGGGCGACCAGGGCAGUCGACGUGAAGCUCGAUCGGAGCGUGGACGUGGCUAUCGUGGCCGGGGUGGCAACAGCUACAACCCGCCCUUUACCUCCUCCCAUGCCUACACGUCGCCUCUUCCGCAAAAUGGAUUUGAACCACAGUCCAGAGCCAGUUCGCACACCGAAACUCGCUCAAGGCAAGCGUCGCAGCCCUUUGUACCAAAUCAGGCCUCAACCACCACUCGCACAAACCCGCGUUCGCAGUCGAUUCCUGUCGGUAUGAUGUUCCCCGGGUACUACAAUGGCAUGCCGGCCAUGUCACCAGGUCUCCCGUCCAUUCAGACCGACAUGUCGAUCUAUGGGUAUCCAUCCCAGAUGCAAAUGCAACCGAGCAUUAUGAGUGCAAUGCCGUACCAUGAUCCCCUGAACUCGUACGCCUUGCUGUCCAUGGUCAUGACCCAGAUCGAGUACUACUUCUCAAUCGACAACCUGUGCAAAGAUCUGUUUCUGAGGAAGCAUAUGGAUGGUCAAGGUUACGUCCCGCUGAGCGUAAUUGCUAACUUCAAACGCAUCAAGACUCUGACAGAGGACAACAUGACCAUCGAAAGUCUUCGCUACGUCUGUCAGCAGGUGAAGAGUGUGGAGUUCCUACCGGGAGCUGAUGGGGAAGAUCGCCUUCGUCGUCGCGAAGGCUGGCGUGAUUUCGUUCUUCCUGUGGAGGAGAGAUUUGAAUCGGCUCGCAACGAAGGACCCUUGCAUAACCCGGAAUCGUACAACAACCACGCGGCGCCACCAGACCAGGUCGGUCUUCAUGAUCCAUCUUUUGCCUUCGGUCAACUGCGCAGUCCACAGCUGGCCGUUGGCACCAGCAAUGGAACGUUCCACGCAAACUCGCCCAUGUCUUAUGUCCCCGGGCUGCCCACGGAGAAUCAUAUUUCUGGGGAGCAGCUCGUCCGUCCAUUUGAAGAUGGUUCCAGUGAUGGAACCGAGAGACCUGCGAUGGUGCCUUACCAGCACGUUGCUCCGGCUGCUCUACGAUCCCCUCCACAUCACGCUUCGGACCCUUUGAGCAACAUUGUGAAUGGUCACCAUCCCCAGGGUUCCAGCACCGAUAUUGAGGACAACAUGUUCCCGGAUGAGCAGAUCCCGAAUGUCAAUAUCCGAAUGCAACCAACCACUCUUAGCGGCGCAGCCCCGUCGUUUCCCGGGAUCGCGCGUAUCUCUUCGGCCGGAUCUUCUAGUGGACAGAAUGAAGGCAACAAUGUGCCUGUGGAGCCAAAUCCAGUUCGCCUCCCGAGUUUGCGCGGCGGCGCGAGCAGUCCACAGCAGCUCGACCAAUUCCGCAGCUUGUCUUUUGGUGCCCCGUACACAAUUCCCACUGGCGAUGAAAACAUUAUCUACUUUACCAAGGAUGGGCAGGAGACGCAACUGCCGCCUCCGCAGCCUGGACAGUUUGACCAGACCUAUUUGUCACUGCAUGACUUGGCUCUCCAGCACCGUCAAAUGGGCGUCGAAGGAGCCAUGGAGCCUCUUUACAAUUUCUGGACCGAUUUUCUUGUCGACAAGUUCAAUGUCGGCAUGUACCAAGAAUUCAAAUCCACCGCGGUCGGCGACUUUCACGAAGGUCGUGAGAGUGGCAUGUCGCAUCUUGUCCGCUAUUUUGGCAAGCUUCUAUCCGCGCCUGUGCCGAUCAGUGACCGUCUUGCUUCAGACAUGAUCGCCCUUUAUCGAGAUGAAAAGCCCGAUAAGCGUCCCGUCUUCCAAACUUUGCGAGCUGCCUGGCGCAAUGGAGCCACAAAUCUGAAAACCAUCAAACGGCUGGGCGACAUUCUCACAGCAGAGGAGAAAGCCGAGCUCGACAGAAGCGGCUAA